AUGACUGACUUUUGUUUAUUGAAGAAAGAAUACGUUGAAUGCUUCGAAAAAGUUUUUCAAGAUCAAUAUGACAUUGUUUAUCGUCUUGAAAAUGUUAAAUUUUUCGCUCAUUUACUCGUCACUGAUGCUAUUUCAUGGGAUAUUCUUUGUUGUCUUGUAUUAACUAACGAAGACACCACGUCGUCGUCUCGUGUUUACAUGAAGAAUUUAUUUUUAGAAUCAGCUGAAUCCAUUGGUAUAACUCAACGUAAUAACCGUUUAACGGAUAGAACAUUAGUGGAGUACUUUGAUGGUUUAUUUCCUCGCAACGAUCCAAAAAAGACUCGAUUUUCAAGAAACUCCUUCACAUCGAUUGGUCGUGGUGGUUUAACAGAUGAUCUUCGAGAAUUCAUCACAACAGAUUCUUGCUAG